CCAAGUCAGUUUGAAAAGAUCAGACAAAGGCAGCAGGAAGCCCCUCGGCUUGGCAAUGAGAGCGAGCGGAGCACAAACGCAAAGCGAAACCUCGCUCUUUAAUCUGAUAGCGAUCGAAUCGGACUGAAUUUAUUUUCUCCUGUGGUUUGUUGCCGUUUUACGCGUCUUUUGAAAAUGUACGACCGUCUUGAUCCCCGGGUUGAGCGAAGACUAUUAUCCGAGCGCCAAACGGGCAGCAGCGCUGACUGACCGCCAGCGUUCCCCCCGGAUCAAGCUUGUUUUUUGAGGCUUUUUUUCACCGAUUUGAACCCUUAGUGCGCCACCGAACGGAUCACGUGGGACGGAGUUGACCGAGCUACGCAGUUAAAUGUGAAAAGAAAGCGAGUUGAGUUCUUUUAAAAGCCUUUUUGUCUCCCGGGGGGGCUGUUUUCCGCGUCGCUUGGUGGGGGUUUGCCGCCGUUUGCUUUCUAGAAGCGCGCGCGCGGAAGAUGGAGACGCACAUCUCAUGCCUCUUUCCGGAGAUAUUGGCCAUGAUUUUCAGCUACUUGGACGUGAGGGACAAAGGCAGGGUGGCCCAAGUGUGCACGGCGUGGAGGGACGCGUCCUACCACAAGUCCGUGUGGAGGGGGGUGGAAGCCAAGCUGCAUCUGAGGCGGGCGAACCCGUCUCUGUUUCCCAGCCUUCAGGCGCGGGGCAUCAGGCGGGUGCAGAUCCUCAGCCUGCGGCGCAGCCUCAGCUACGUUAUCCAGGGGAUGCCUAACAUCGAAAGCUUGAAUCUGAGCGGCUGCUAUAACUUAACGGAUAACGGCCUGGGUCACGCGUUCGUGCAGGAGAUCCCUUCCCUCAGAGUGCUCAAUCUGAGCCUUUGUAAACAGAUCACGGACUCCAGUUUGGGUCGAAUAGCCCAGUAUCUCAAAAACUUGGAAGUGCUGGAACUGGGCGGCUGCAGCAACAUCACCAACACGGGGUUAUUACUCAUCGCAUGGGGUUUGCACAGACUCAAAAGUCUUAAUCUGAGGAGCUGCCGGCAUGUGUCAGAUGUGGGCAUCGGACAUUUGGCCGGCAUGACCCGCAGCGCGGCGGAGGGCUGCCUCAGUCUGGAGUACCUGACCCUCCAGGACUGUCAAAAGUUGACGGACUUGUCCCUCAAGCACAUUUCUAAGGGCCUAUCCAAGCUGAAAGUGCUCAACCUGAGUUUCUGCGGGGGGAUCUCAGACGCCGGCAUGAUCCACGUCUCACACAUGACGAGUCUAUGGAGCCUUAAUCUACGUUCAUGCGACAAUAUCAGCGACACGGGCAUCAUGCACCUCGCCAUGGGGACGCUGAGACUUUCUGGGCUCGACAUGUCUUUUUGCGAUAAAAUAGGCGAUCAGAGCUUGGCGUACAUCGCCCAGGGCCUUUACCAGCUCAAGUCGCUGUCGUUGUGCUCGUGCCACAUCAGCGACGAUGGCAUCAACAGGAUGGUGCGCCAGAUGCACGAGCUGAGGACGCUGAACAUCGGCCAAUGCGUGCGGAUUACAGACAAAGGACUGGAGCUCAUCGCCGAUCACUUGACUCAACUGACCGGCAUCGAUCUGUAUGGAUGUACGAAAAUCACUAAAAGGGGACUAGAGAGGAUCACGCAGCUCCCCUGCCUUAAAGUUUUGAACCUGGGCCUUUGGCAGAUGACUGAAAGCGAAAAAGUGAGGUGAAACUUGACGAGAUUCUGGAGGGAGGGGGAUGGAGGAGGAGGAGGAG